GUUAAGUUAAGGACGCUGUUAACUGUCAACGCAACAUAUCCAAAUAAAUCGUUUAAAAAUGACUAAAAAACGUAAAUUAUCAACAUCUUUCGGUAGCCCCGUUAAAGUGGAAGUAAAAGAAGAAAAUAUCUUGGGAGAUGAGUAUUUGGUGGCGAAAGGAAGGUUGAAGGGAAUGCUUCGAGAACUCACCGAGUUGAGUGAUUCCGAUACUGAUUCUUCCGAGGAUAGUAGGAGUUAUAGAUCAAGAAAAUUUGAUCGGAAGAAAAAAAGUGAUAAAACCCCAACGGUUUUUCAUCACACUUAUGUUAUGAAACUGUUUGAUCGGAGCGUUGAUUUGGCUCGAUUUCAAGAAGACACCCCUUUAUACCCGAUUUGUAGGGCUUGGAUGGCUAAUCAACCAAAAAAUCCCCAAUUAGUUAUUAAAAGACGUAAUUCAAGCCCAGAACCAGACAAUUCUUACUGGAUGAACAAUAACAUUACGGACGUAACAAGAUUACCACAUCCCUCUAAACCGUUUAUUACAAGAAUUCCAUCUCCCGAUCCAGAGUAUCAACAAAAUAAAGAAACAAUUAAUUUGAAUUAUGAGGAAUCUCCACCGGUUGCUAAAGAUGUUUUAAUAAGGAAUCAUUUGCAACGCUGGGUAAACAUUAAGAAGAAAUGGAUUAAAACGGCAAUUGAAAAUGAGGAUAGGUAUACUGUUAGUAAACAAAUUUUGCAAAGGAUUUAUAAUAAAGCUCAAGAAGGGGAAUAAAGUUUAAAAAGUU